AUGGAAUGGAAGGCCACAAACGUGCAGACCAUCGACUUCGCGCACGCGUGCCUCCUUGGACGAUCACUACAUCCAACGAGCCAACAGGAAGCACGCUUGCAGCUGAUUGGCUUACGCAAGGACAAGCACCGUGAGGGCAGAGCGAUGCAGUCACCACCGCUUGACAUAGUCGAGUUCAUUAGUCGUGAAUGUUAUCUCGUGGUUUGCAAAACACUUCCCACAGAAGGAAGUGAUAUGACCACGGCAUAUGCAAUGAAGCGAUUUUUCCUGCAAAACUCAGCAGCUGUUAGGUGUGCGCUUCGCGAGCACCUCAAUCUUGUGCGACUUGAGCUGCACCGCCACCAAUCACCCUUUCUACUUACUCUUUUCUGGAGUUCCCGAAUUCACGGACAACCCACUUUCGUGAUACUCAGAGUUUUCCCCACCAGCUACUGGAAGACAGACUCAGGUAGAGGAAUUCUUAAAUGCGAAUAUACACAAACAUACAAGCUAAUGGGAAGAGAGGACACGCCACUAGACCUCACCGUUAAGGGGCACGGUCUCCACCUCCUCCUCGGUGGUUUCGUGCGGUUCCGUACAAAACCUAUGGGUAGUAGUGUCGUUGCCGGAGGGGAAGCACCCGAUUUGGAAGCUGCUUCCUCCCUCUUUGAUGACGGCGUCUCAACCAAACUUUGCUCGCCUCCCCCUUCUCUCGAUCCUCUCCACAUCUACGAUCGUCACGACGACAAAAAUCACCACCGUUACCUCGUAAGCGACUGA